GUGUUGGAGGAGGCUGAACACAGACAGCUUCCUGAUCGCAUCAGGAAUUCGAUCAAGGUGUAUCAGAGAGGGCAGGAUGGCCACGUUAAGGAGGAAGCUGGUGGUGGUUGGCGACGGUGGCUGUGGUAAGACCAGCCUGUUGUUUGUUCUGAGCAAAGACGAGUUCCCCGAAGACUACGUCCCUACAGUAUUUGAGACCUACGUGGCAGAUAUAGAAGUGAACCAGAAAUUAGUGGAGCUGGCACUGUGGGACACGGCCGGUCAGGAGGACUACGACCGCCUACGGCCCCUGUCCUACCCUGACACAGACGUCAUCCUCAUCUGCUUCUCCGUGGACAGCCCCGACUCGCUGAGGAACAUUCCGGACAAGUGGAUGCCCGAGGUCAGGCACUUCUGCCCCGGUGUGCCAGUGGUACUGGUGGGUAACAAGAAGGACCUGAGGAGUGACCAGCGAGUGUUGAAGGAGCUGGCCCGGAGCAAGAAGGAGCCUGUCCGGUGGGAGGAGGGCCAGGCCAUGGCUGAGAGGAUCGGGGCCUACCAUUACCUGGAAUGCUCAGCCAAGACCAAGGAAGGCGUCUGGGAGGUGUUUGAAACGGCCACCAGGGCCACCCUGAAAGCCUCGAGGAUGGGAUGCUUCAGCUGCCGGUGCACCCUGUUGUAAAGGUGUGUGGAAGCAGGACUGAAAAACAGAACUUGUGUUUAUGGAAGGCAACUCAGUGUCACAAGUGAAAGAAACGCCUAAAAUAUCAGGGAAAUGGAAAAAUGCAUCAGGCCAUGGAUGUGCUUGUGGGACCUAGUCUGGAGAAUCGACAUGAUCUAUAACACAAUGGACUGUUCGCUAAAAAACAGAAUUUGACUUUGGGAAACUCUCCAGAUUUUGUGUGUGUGUCUCUGUGUGUCUUUGUCUGUGUGUGUGUGUGUGUGUGUGUGUGUGUGUGUGUGUGUGUGUGUGUGUGUGUGUGUGUGUGUGUGUGUGUGUGUGUGUGUGUCUUCAUCAAACUGAGGAAUUUAAACACUCCUUGUUUUAAAAGGAGGAGGUGUAAAUUGAGCCCUUAUUCCACUACAGGGUGAAACUGCUUUAUAGGGCAUGUCUGAACUGUCAACCUUCCUCAGUCCUGGGGCAGAAAUGUGUUACAGAAAUAGAUCAAAUCAGGUAUUAUCUCUCCCAGAUUAGAUCGCAUUGUUAAUGGAGGGUUGGCAAGGGAGGUGAAGUUUGGGGGUGUAUGUGCAGUGUAGGAGGAUGUUGGUAAAUCAGGGUUUGGUGUGAUCCUCUGAGACGGCUCUUGUUUUCUGGGGUUCAGCCUUCUGCAUCCAUGUGGACAGUUUCUUGUCAGCUAAUCUCCUAAAAUUUGAUGUGCUUGUUUGCAGAGUGUUCUGAGUUAGGUCAUUACAAAUAAGGGGAGGAUUGUCAAUCUAGCAACUGGUGUGAAUGGAAAUUCCCUGUGAGAGGAAAAUAAAUUUUCAGCUUGCUACCGAAGGUGAUCGCUGUGAGAGAGAGAAAGAGUCAAAAAAUUAUUGUGUAUGUGUGUGUAGAGGAGGCUAUAUUUUUGUGUAAAUGAAGGUGAAAUUAUAAUUUUUUCAGUGUGAACAUUAAACUAUAUUUGUGUGUGCAUGAAGGCAAAAUUAUAUUUUUUGUGCGUGUGAUUGUGAAAUGAUAUUUUCUUGUGUGUGUGAAGGCAAAGUGAUAUUUUUGUGUGUGUGCGUGCCUCCGUGCGUGACGGUCAGAUUACAUUUAUUGAUGGGGCCCCAAGUUAUGGGAAGAGUAAUUCUGUUAGCGAGAUGCAAGUAGAUGGUGGCACACAUCCACUAGGCGAAUGUUUAAAUUUCAAAUUGCCCAGAUGGAACUUGUUUGUAAUUAUCUGAGUUAUUAAUCCCUCCUUCCCUCCGUUAUCUGCAGCUCAGUCAGUGACAGAGUGGAAUUGAGUUGCCUUGACUUGUAAGAUUUGGGCAAACAGGCAGUCAACCAUCCAACAGUGAUGUGAGACCGACCCCUAUCCUUGCUGCAGCUUUGACUCAUGUACUUUGGAAGGGGAGGUGAGGAAGUUGGUGGGUGGAAAGGGAUGUAUGGAUAUAGGAGAGAGAAUAUAUGAAAGACUUUCAGCAUGUUGGAUGAAGAUAAUGUAUAAGACAGGGCUCAAAUACCAGUCAAGUUUGAAUAUUGAUGAGAUUUACUUGAAAUCUGAUUUAUGGAAACAUUUAGGUUGGAUUUUUUUGAUUGAUGUUGUGGCAUUAAUAGUCUAAAAUAAAAUGAUUACCAAACAGAAAAUCUAAGAUCUAAAAAUUUCAAACAGUCGCACUGGAAAUAAUUCAGUGUUGUGCUGACAGAGUAAGGUUUCCACCCCAUGAAUCUGUUUGGAUCAACAUUUCUGCCUCAAUGCUGAACAAUGAUAUUUUCUGAGAUGAAUUUUAUUGUUUUGUUUUGCCAGUUCUUGAUAAUUAAGUCUACCUCCUGUUAGAGGAUCUGCAUCUGUCACUGUUAAACUUUCAUUCUUACUUCACAGAGGUAAGAAUGGUUAAAAAUUACCUUUACCUCUAAAUGCAAAUUGUAAAUGGUGUGGUGAAGGAAAGCUCUUGUAUUUAUCAAGGGUCAUUAUUGUAUCCCAUAGGAUGUUCUGAGAACUUCCCACACAAUGAAUUGCUUUCAAUUUGUGAACCAUCAAGGCUCACAGGUUCGCAUGUUUUUAGCUCCAGCCCUUUAUAAUUCUGCCUUGCACCUAUGAAUCUAAAACAACUGAUAGCAACACAGCCUAUCCAACUGUCCUGUUCACAGAUUACCCCUUAUUUUGAACACUUGGCCACCGCACCUUCCUUUGAGACACUUUUGUUUUUGUCCCAGAUUUCUAGGAAAGCUCGUGGGAGCUCAGCUUGUGAGUUGAAGGGUUUGAGCAGGACUGUGUGCCUCUCAAAGGGGGAUGAUAACAUUGAAAUUGUGCAGGUUAAAUUGUAGUUAUGUGUGACUCAACAUGCCCUCCCCCCCGCCAUCCAACUGUCCUGCACAUUCUUCCUGCCACCACCCUUCCUGGUCCUGUGGUAGGAUUGGGAUUUUACUAAGAGUUGGCCAGUCAGCUGCAAUCCCUAAUGUGAAACUCUAAUUCUGACAGGACAAGUAAGCCUCCCACAGUCAAAUAGUCCGCAGACUCUCCACAAUGAGUGACAAUGGCACAUCAUUAAAAAAAAGUGCCUUACGGUAUGUGAAACUUUUUGAGAUGUCCAAGGGAUGCAAAAGGCACUAUAUAAAUAGAAACUCUCUUCAAUUCAAACAGAACAGUGAUAGUUACGUGGCACUGUGGAGUGUCUGGAACCUAUGGGAUUAAAUCUCAUAUACUGGGGACAGCACUCUGUGAACACACACUGCCAUAUUCUGGUGCAGAUGCUUCAAGAAUAUUUAUUUCAAAGUAUCAUUUAAAAUUUUAUUUGCUUUAAGAAUUGUGUAAACAGCUGAUUUUUUUCUCUCUCAGUUAAUACUGAAUGUAAAAGACUAAACUGAAUG